CAUUAGUUUCACACCAAACUCGAAGAACGAAAACACUUACUUUUGAAUUAUUUGUUGCUCUUUCGUUUGAUGUUUCACGGUUAAUCGAAACCCGAUUGAAAUGCAAUUUUCAUAAAUAGUUCUUCAUUUAUUUUGUUCAUUAAUCGAUUUCAGUAAACGAUCAACCCCCAUCAAAACAAAUAAUUGACAAAAAAAAAAAAAAUUGUGAUGUAGUUUAAGUUAUGUGUUGUGAUGCUAAGUUUCGAAUUAAAUCAAUUAUAUUUUGAAAAAGUCAUGCAAACCGAAAUGAAAUCAACCGAUAGUCUAUAAACCGAUAACAAUAUGAAUUGUUUAGCGACAACAUUUCUUAGAUGGAAUAAAACCAUUUCCCACCAAUUUUCCGAUUGAUGAAUAAUGGCGGAGAGCAUUGAAACCGAAUUAAAAGACGAAAAAACGUCCGACCAAAGAGCGCAUAGUUUCAAAUAUCUUAGUAAAUCUGCAUCGGAAUUAGAUAGCCGCGAUAAUUACACAAACAAUAUACCGCAACCAAGUCCAUCACCGCAACGGAGUGGGAGAAGUGUGGCCGGUGUUUUUCAACGAACGCAUGGAUUUUUAAGCACGUUAAGACAUCGUUGGUCGCGAGGGAGAAGCAAAGAAAGAGGAUACCAUGCACAUGCACAUCAGUACCAUCAACAGCAACAUAACGAUGGUGAAUUUCAUGAUAGCGAGGGAACCGAUUAUGCAGCCGAUAAUAGCUCCGAUCACAGUAGUUCGGCAACACAUUCACCAAGACACAAACCGAUGUCAUAUGGCGAAUCACCGUUGACCAGGAUCAAUUUAUCAAAACUCGAUAAAUGUGAUUCAAUAUCUAGUCAACAUGAUUCGGCUAGUGUCGACGCUGUAAGGUCGUCAAUUUCCGUUACACAGGCUGAAGAACAACAGCGCAAGCGAGAGGCAACACUCAGGCAACAUGUCUUUUUUCAACUUCGCAUUCACUUGAUUAGCGGACAUAAUUUAAAGCCAAUGGAUAAAAAUGGCACUAGUGAUCCAUAUGUAAAAUUUAAAUUAAACGGGCGGCUGUUGCAUAAAUCGAAAACGGUGCACAAAGAUUUGAAUCCGAUUUGGGAUGAGACGUUCAUCGUUCCGAUUGAAGAUCCAUUCCAAAGUAUUCAAAUUAAAGUGUUCGAUUAUGAUUGGGGGCUCCAAGAUGAUUUUAUGGGUUCGGCAUUACUUGAUCUCACAACAUUAGAAUUGUCACACGUUACCGAACUCAUGAUUCCGCUCGAAGACACAACUCAGCCCAGUGGCACAAACGCAACAAGUAAAAUGUGGAUCAAAUUGAACGCAACACUGUGGCCACGCACACAAGAAGAUAAAGAGCAGUAUUUUCAACGUAAUCCGCGUCUUGCCGAAACGUCAAAACGAAUGAAAUCGCAAAUUUGGAGUUCGGUCGUAACAAUCGUGUUGAUUGAAGCUAGAAAUUUGCCAAACGAUACGGAGAAUAAUGUGUGCGAACCUUAUGUCCGAUUUCGCUUAGGAAAUGAAAAAUACAAAAGCAAAACCUCAUGGCAAGCCCGAUGGCUGGAACAAUUUGACUUGCACUUAUUCGAAGAGGAACAAUCACUGGAAAUAACGUUGUGGAAUCGAAGCACACAAUACGGCAAAUGUAUAAUCGAUUUGCGAAAUUUUCCGCGCGAAGAAACAAAAAGCCUGUGGCAUCGAUUGGAUGAUACAUCAACUGAAGUCUAUUUAAUGUUAACAAUUAGCGGAACCACGUCGUCGGAAACGAUAACCGAUUUAACGAAUUUCAAACCAGACGAACAUGAAUAUUUUUUAAUUGAAAAGCGAUACAGUUGGUUGAAAACAUUUCAAAAUAUGCGAGACGUUGGUCAUUUAACGGUUAAGGUAUUUGGUGCUACUGGCCUUGCUGCCGCCGAUUUGGGCGGAAAAUCGGAUCCUUUUUGUGUGCUUGAAUUAAUCAAUUCACGACUACAAACACAAACGGAAUAUAAAACCCUAUCACCAAAUUGGAAUAAAAUUUUUACCUUUAAUGUGAAAGAUAUAACGGCUGUGUUAGAAAUAACCGUGUUCGAUGAAGAUCGUGAUCAUAAAGUAGAAUUUUUGGGUCGUGUUGCAAUCCCAUUGCUUCGCAUUCACAAUUGUGAAAAGCGAUGGUACGCAUUAAAAGAUAAGAAAAUGUUUGCACGUGCAAAAGGUACGGGCCCGCAAAUUUUGCUCGAAUUGAAUGUUGUAUGGAAUCCAAUCAGAGCGGCGAUCAGAGCACUGGAACCACAAGAAGAUAAGCUCGUUCAGCAAGAGACUAAGUUCAAGCGUCAGAUAUUUCUGCGAAAUGUGACUCGCCUUAAAUCGGUUGUUGUGUAUUUUCUUGAGUGGGGCCGAUUCAUUCAAAGCUGCUUUGAAUGGGAAUCACCGAUACGAUCGACGAUCGCAUUCAUACUGUGGAUUUGUGGUUGCAUUUGGUUUGAUAUAUCGACAAUACCAGCAAUUUUGAUGAUUAUCAUGCUAAAAAAUUGGUUCGUGCGAUGGAUUACGGGAAAUUUAUCAAAUCAAUCGGCUGACAAAACUGAAUUUGGAGAUUUUGGAAGUGAUGAUGAAGACGAAGAAGAUAAGGAUCGUGAGGAAAAGAAAACGAUAAAGGAGCGAUUACAAACGAUCCAAGAAGUUUCACAAAGUGUUCAAAACACGAUCGGUCGUUUAGCAUCAUUGGGCGAAAGCGUUAAAAACACAUUCAGUUUUUCCGUAUCUGAACUGAGUUGGUUGGCCGUUAUUCUGCUACUUUUGGCGUGUCUUGUUUUACAUUUCAUUCCGAUUCGUGUACUGUUAUUACUUUGGGGUUGUGUUAAGUUUUCACGACGUUUACUUCGUCCACACACUGUUCCGAACAAUGAAAUACUAGACCUGCUCUCUCGUGUUCCUGAUGACGAUCAACUGAUCAUGUACAGAGAAAUCGCGCCGCACACAACUCCCGAGAUGCCGAGAAGAGAUAUGCGAAAAAAGUACAAGGCUGCCUAACACUGUUGCAAAGCGCACUUACUGCAAAUCGAUCGCAUAAAAUGUAUUGUUGACUUUGAACACGCACACAUACAAAUCAGUCAUCAGUGGUAUUUCCAUACAUCCCAAAUAAGACUAAACAAAAAUACAAACAAACAAAAAAACAACGUUUUUUUUCGAAAUUUUCCUUUUUAAAUCAAUAUAUUUAUUCAUGUUCCGAAGAUUUAUCUAUAUAUUAUCGAAUUUUUAUCAAAGUUCCAACAUUUCAUAAGCAAAUCAUUCUAACUUCACGAAGAAAUGUUUUUUCGAAUUCUAUCAACACUUUUAAUGUACAAUCUCCGUAUCUAUAUGAAUAAUAAUCAGAACAUUUAAUUUCACCUAUCAUCUACCGUGUCUAACAAAGAAAUGAUAAAUUCAAGGCGAAACACAAACCGAAUACUAAUUUUAUGGCCUAUGGUUUCCACAUCCCUUUAAAAAAUCCUAUGUCCAACUGAACGCUUUUAACACCUUAUCACAUCAAACAAAAUAUAUCUACUAUACAAAAAGAAAAAGAACCCUUUAUGAGCACAGCUUUCUCGAAUUUCUCCGAAUUUUAUAGAAUAAACACACUGUUAUUGUAAAUACGAAUGAAAAAAUGAGAAGGAGAGUGAAAAAUACACAACAUUUUUUUUCUUGUACGCUUAUACUAGCUCUUUACGCUUAAGUAGCUUACUAAAUCAACGACAAAAAAAAACAAACAAACAAAGUUAAGGAGAGAACCUGUAACAAUUUUAGCUUCACAAUGCUUAUAGUUAUUUCGUCAAUUGUUAAUACAAAUUAAGAAAAGUAGCCAAUUUCUAACAGUUUAAAUUUAUAGAUAAUUGAAUUUUAAGCGUCAAUUCUGAGUGAACUUCACAAAAGAUGAGAGAAGAAAAAAAAAAACAGACAAACAUUAUUUUAAUUCAAUCAACUAAUGAAAGAUGCCUUAUUUCCGUUUUCACUGAUUCAAACGUCCAAUUAAUUUUUUUUAAAUGUGAAAACUGACAAAAUUAAAACAACACCACUAUAAAAAUGAAUGAAACCAAAAAAAAAUUAUGGCAUUAAGAUAAAUAUGUUGAGUUUGUUAUAAUUUAAAUGGGGGAAAUAAAAAAAGAUGACGAAAAAAUUGCGAUUUUGCAGAAUGAUUUUUACGAAAUAUGACUAAAAAUGGCACUUAGAAGUGUCGCGCACAUUGAAACUUGACACUCAACGCAACAAACAUAUAGAAAUGUAGCGCACGCGCAAAUUUAAUGAGCAAAUCAUUUCGGUUGCAUGUUUUUUCAUGAUAUUACGCUGACUUAGAUCUUAAAUUGCAUUCAUUAAAAACAAAUCUAAUUUUUCGCACUUUUUUCUACUUUUGCAUUUUUAAUGAUUGUCGCCCUCGAUUUGGCUCUCUGAAAAAUAUAUGACACCACCUUUAACUAAAUGACAACAAAGAGCUACUAUUUAGUAUUUUCCAUUGAAGGCAGUUUAUGCAGAAAUAUUUUUAUCAAUUUUGUUUUUAUUUUCAACAAAACAAAAGAAGAAAAAAAUGUUCUAUAUGUGUGUGUUAAUGAAACUUUGUUGCAAUGUACAUAAAAAAAUUUAAAUUUAUACAUAAUAAUAUUUUAAUGCAAAUUUAAAUUGAAUAAUUCGAAUUGCAAGAAUUGUAAGAAGCAGAGGAAUAAUAAACAACAACAACAAAAAAAAUCGAUAAAAUAUUUUACAAUAACAAUGCAACGUACAAAAUACGAUAUAAUAUAUUAUUAAUAACAAGAUCGAAAGACAAAUAAAUCACCUACAGACACACAAACACACAUGCCCAUUACCUUGCGAUUCAAUCAUCAUGAAAAACAAUUUUCUCUUUUCAUUUUUCUUAAACACAAAUACACACUCAUUCACAUUUUUCAGUCAAACACGUUACCAUUUCAGAGUCAAUUCACAUACCAAACACACACACACACACUAUCACAUUCAUCUCAAUCGAGUCUUUUUUGAUUUUAUCUUUCCGAUCUGAUUUUGAUCUAGAAAUUUUGAAGAAAAAAAAAACCAACAACAACCAAAAAAAACCUAAUAUUGUUAUUUUAUAGACAAUUUACAAAUGUUAAAUCAAAAUUUAAUUCGU